AUUGUUGCAUGCAGGGCUUUAUUGAAUUUCUUCCCAACAGUAAUUUACUUUGACCUUCUACAUUUAUUUCCUCAUAAAUUCUUCCCACCUGCCCCUCUUUACUUUACCUUCACUCUUCAUUAAGCACUGGUAAUUUGUGUACCAUUGUGUGAGAGCAAACUAAAAGAUAUGGGGUUCUCAAAAAGGGUUUUAGCUUCUUUGCUUCUUGUUGCUGCAACAAAUCUACUUUUGGCUUAUGGACAACCUCUUGUUCCUGCAUUCAACAUCUUUGGUGACUCGGUUGUUGAUUCCGGUAACAACAACAAUCUCUACACCCUUGUCAAGGCCAACUUCCCUCCAUAUGGAAGAGACUUUGUCAAUCAUAGACCUACUGGAAGGUUCUGUAAUGGAAAAUUAGCCACCGACUUCACUGCUGAGUUCCUGGGGUUCACUUCUUACCCGCCAGCUUACCUGACUCAGGACGCCACGAGAAACAGCAUCCUCACCGGUGCCAACUUUGCAUCAGCUUCUUCUGGUUACUCUAACAUGACAGCUAACUCAUAUCAUGCCGUUUCAUUACCACUGCAGUUAGAGUAUUACAAGGAUUGGCAACGAAAAAUUGUCAGUAUGGUAGGAAGAGACAGAGGUAAAGCAAUAUUCUCAGGGGCACUCCAUCUUCUGAGUACAGGAAACAGCGACUUCCUUCAGAAUUACUAUAUCAAUCCAACCCUCAGCGGUACCUACACAUCGGAUCAGUUUUCAGAAAUUCUUCUCCGAUCCUAUGCUGGCUUUGUUCAGAGUUUAUAUGGGCUGGGAGCAAGGAGGAUUGGAGUAACAAGCCUACCUCCGGCAGGAUGUUUGCCAGCUGCCAUCACUUUGUUUGGAGGAGGAAGUAAUCAGUGUGUUGCAAGGAUCAACGCGGACGCUGUUUUGUUCAACAGUAAGCUGAAACGCACAUCUGAUAGUUUAAAGAAACAGUUUCCUGAUCUCAAACUUGUAGUUUUUGAUAUCUACCAGCCCCUGCUUGACAUUAUUGCAAAGCCAGCUGAUAACGGGUUCUUUGAGACAAGGAGAGCCUGUUGUGGUACUGGUACAAUUGAAACAUCCCUGCUGUGCAACUCAAGGUCUGUCGGAACAUGUUCAAAUGCCACACAGUAUGUGUUCUGGGAUGGCUUUCAUCCCACUGAAGCUGCAAAUCAGGUGCUGGCACAAGCUAUACUUGGACAAGGAAUUGAUCUCAUUUCUUGAGAACGACAAUGAAUCUUGGUUUCCACUUUUAUGCUCUGGUUUUACAUUAUUAUAGGCAGAGUAUGUUAUGAAGCUAUGUCGGUUGUGUCCAUAGCUUUCGCUGUUUUGAGUUUUGAACUUAUGAUGUUCCAGAGAAAUUAUUAGUAUUUCAUCUA